AUGACAAUGCCACGGGGCAGUUUGCGCCCCCCUCCUGUGUGUGCUGACUGUUCCGCUCCAGACCCAACCUGGGCAUCCAUUAAUCGGGGUGUGCUUAUAUGUGAUGAGUGUUGCAGUGUUCAUCGCAGUCUCGGGCGACAUAUUUCCCAAGUGAAGCAUUUGAAGAAGGGCCAGUGGUGUCCCAGUCAGCAUUCAAUGGUGUACAUUCUGGCCACUAAUGGAGCCAACAACAUCUGGGAACACACAAUGCUGGACCCCGCACAGAACAAACAUGGCCGCAGAAAACCAGGGCCUCGUGAGGCUCUUCACCCAAACAAAUCAGAUUUCAUCAGAUCCAAGUACCAGUUCUUAUCAUUUGUGAACAAACAUAAAGAUAGUGAUGCCAGCUCCCUGGACGAUGUGAGCCGGGAACUGCACUCCAGUGUCAGAACAAAUAAUGUGGAGACUUGCUUACGUCUGCUGUCGAAAGGUGCUGACCCAAACUAUUUUCAUAAGGAAAAAGGCAACAGUCCCAUCCACGUGGCAGCCCAGGCUGGCCAGACCUCGCAGGUGGAGCUGCUGUGUGUGUAUGGGGCAGACCCAGGGGCCAGGGAUGCAAAUGGACGCACACCAUAUGAUUAUGCCAAAGCGGAAGGUUUUCCAGACGUGGCUGACAGACUUAUUGAACUGCAGUAUGAACUGACCGAUCGAUUGACCUUUUACAUCUGUGGGCGAAAACCAGAUCAUAGAUCCGGGGUUCAUUUCAAGAUUCCUGAGCUGGGUGACAGUAGUGCCGAUCUCUCUGAACUGGCGAAGCAAGCCAAGAAAAAGCUCCAGGCGCUUCCAAAUCAUUUAUUUGAAGAAUUGGCAAUGGAUGUUUAUGAUGAGGUUGACAGACGAGAAAAUGAUGCUGUGUGGCUGUCCACUCAUGACCACACGUCAGUACUGAGUGAGAGACUAACUGUCCCACACCUGCCUGUCAACCCCGAACUCUCCACCACUCGUAAUCAGGGUCGGCAGAAAUUGGCACGGUUUAAUGCCAGAGAGUUUGCAACUUUGGUGGUAGAUAUCCUGUACGAUGCCAGGCGGAGACAGACAGGAAUCACUUCCCCGCUACACACAAUCAAAGAUCCAGACAAGCUGGGUCGAAACUCUCAAAGAAUGACCACAAUCAGUGACGAUGAACCACUCUACGACAGCGUAGCAUCAGACGAGGACUACAGCAGCAUUGACACUCAGAGUAUUAAAAGUGUGAGGGAAGAGAUGAGGCCUGACAUUGCCUCUGAGAGUAUGGGUGAGCACCACCCUGAGAUUCCUGUUUCUGUUGAAGAGAUGCAGGAAGUCAAACGAGCCCUGGCAGCAUCUGAAGCAACAAUUAAACAUCUGGUGCAGGCCAAACUGGAAUUGGAGAAAAAGGUUGACUGUCUGAUGCGUGAGAAUGCAAACUUACGUGUUUUGAGUCAAGACUUUUCACCGAUGAUGUUUAAUGGUUUCGACUCGGGAGACCAGCCUGACAAUAACAAUGAGGAAGGUGACCAGGGACAUUCAGAUGAUGUCUAUGACAACAGCAUCCCCAGGUCACCAUCGCUGAGGUCAAGUGGCAUGCGGCCGACAUCCAUGAUUGAGAUGAGGGACCAAAACAGGCAGCAGUUAAUGCAUGGGAACAUGGGACACAAUGCACAAAUGAUGUCAUCUGCAUCUGUGGCUAACAUAUCAGUGACCGGAGCUGGCCAGAGCAGAAGUAAAGGAUUGUCAGUGGCUGGCAGCUCUGCAGUUGACAAUCAGUGCCACCAAAAUUUUGCUGAUGGCCAUCAGGAUAUUUCCAAGUCAAACCAGUCAUUUGAAAGCGGUGCCAGUGAAAGUCAAGUGCAAGAAGUGCUGUCCUCAAUUAGGGAGUCUUCUGAAAGUGAUGGCCAGGGCUCCAAUUCUUCUUUGGCUGCCUGCGGUGAUGACCCCAACAUGCCGUCCCAGCAAGAGGUGGUGAAAAAAACAGAGAAGGUGACAAAGAAAAUCCAAGAACUUCUAGUGGCAGCACAAGAAGGACGACACAACAGUUUUGAGUCGUGCUCGGAACGGAUAUAUACAGCUGUCUUGGAAAUGGCCUCUCUGUUCCCAGAUGUAAGCAAGGCUCAUGUGGUUUGUGAUUAA